UGCCGUCGUGAUGUCGUUGCCGUCGUCGCAUCCGUCGUCGUUGUCGUUGUUGUUGUCGCCGCACUCCAUCUAGUUGUUGUUGGUGCAGCAGGCAGUACAGCAACAGCAACAAAAUCACACACCAGCAGAAAGCAGCAACAUCAGGCUUUGAGCGCCAGCAAACAACAAUUAAACAAGCGAAAAUUGCAGCAACAAACAAACGAAAUGAGUUCGCUAAUCGGAAAAUUCAUUUGCGCAUAUGGAAUGCUGCACACAUAGAUAUAUACAUAUAUAGCCCCACAUACAAGCAUAUAUAUAUAGAUAUAUAUAGAUAUAUAAAAUCUAAGUGCAAACCAAUUGUGAUUUAAGCUAAUGACCACAACCGCAAAACAGCUCCAACAACCAACAAGAAAGUAUAAAAAAAAUUUUUCAAGUUUUUUAAGUAUAUGAAAUUCAACCAAAGCCUUGUAAAUAGCCAACAAAAUAACUAAAGAACAAGAACUCUUUCUUAUUAAAAACAAAACAACAACAGCAAAUGAAAUCAAAUUAAUUAACUCAACUAAGGAAAGCCAUAAACAACAAACAACGAACGAAUAGACAACGCCGUUUACACCGCAACCUGAUAGAGAAAUGCAUUGCUAAAUAGCUGGGGCUACUAACUCCCUUUCAACCGAUUGGCCUGCAAUUCGAAACGAUCUCAACGCAAAAAUGGCACUGCAACGCACUGGGCAUCAACAGCAACAAAGGACGAAACUAACUCGACACGGGCUGCAGCAACAACAACAGCAAUUAGAAACAACAACAAAGGCCCGGCAACGAUAUAGAGCGGUGGGAAAAUGAAACAAAAACCAGAAACGAGUUUUCCACUCAAAUUUGCAUUCAGCCAAAGAAAUACAAAGGUAUAAGCAAGGAGGAAGGAACCGACACAAACCAACAAACCAACAAACAAACGCAACACAAUAAGAAAGUCGCCAGUGAAAAGGGGUCACAGGGCAAACACACGCACACAGACACACACAAAAAUACAACACAGGAGCAGACCGCAACACAAAUACAAGCAUAAGGAGCGCAUAAAACACAAAACACAUUCAACACACGGACACAGAAGGACGAAGAGUGCAUUGUGAACAAUUUUCAACGAAUUUCCAAAAGUCUACAAAGUAAAAUAACUAACAAGCGUUCAUUACGAAUAACAAAGGAAACCAUAAUAUUUGAAAUUUGCUCUGUGAUUUUCUAUCGGAAAUGGUUUAGUAAUCCAAAUAAUAAUAAUACUAAUAAUAAUACUAUUUAAUAACAACGUAUUUAUAAAUACUGCAAAACUGCAUUCCAAACCAUAGAAAAGUUUAUCAAAUCCCCCAAGAAAAGCUUUAAACUCAAUCGAAAACGUAAAUCAACAAUUUCUAUAAAUAUUAUCAAGCAAAGUUACACUGCGACUAAUUAGACCAGCUAACGCUACUCGAAAACAUAAUUCGACCACAACCACAAUUCCACCAAAGGACAUCGCCACACCGGAGCCAUGGACGAAAUGCCCGACCUGUCGCACCUCACGCCUCACGAGCGGAUGCAGAUCGAGAAUGUCCUUAUGCGACAGAAGCAGGAGGAGGAGAAGCAGAACGAGAUCAUGCGGCGCAAACAGGACGAGGUGGUGACGCUGGAAAUGCAAAUCAGACAGCGAUCCGAGCAGCAGAAGAAGGCCGGCGUCGAGCUGGAUGCCACCUGUCACAUAUGCCUUAAGACCAAGUUCGCCGAUGGAGUGGGCCACAUCUGCCACUACUGCAACAUACGCUGCUGCGCCCGCUGCGGCGGCAAGGUGACGCUGCGCAGCAACAAGGUCAUUUGGGUGUGCAUACUGUGUCGCAAGAAGCAGGAGCUGCUCUCCAAGACUGGCCAGUGGAUCAACAAGACGGCGGCACAACAAGAUGGUUUCAUCCGACGCAUCGAGCCGGAUGGGAGCAGCGACAUCUCGCAGCAUCCCAUCGUGGAUCCGCAUGACGCCACGGACAAGCGGCCCAAGCUGGAGAGGACGCGGAGUGCCGCCGAGAAGGAGAACCUACCGAUGCAGCGGGCGGGCAGUAUGCUGAGGCGUCAGUACUCGCAGCAGGAGCAGCCCACGAAUCGUCGCCUCUCCGCGUCUGACAGCGGAAUGGAUCCCGUGAUGAGUCCUGGCCAGCAGAUGCAGCACCAUCAGCAGCAGCAGCGAGCUCGCAUGCAGCCGAUGAAUCCGCAGCAGGGGCAGCAGGGAUACGGCAUGCAGCAGCAGCAACAACCCAGAUCAGGUGGCGCCUAUCCCGAUGAUGACCCCAGAUACUAUCAGGGUGAACUCGAUGGCCUGAUGAGGCAGCAUCCCCACUUGGCGCAUCCCAGUCAGGUGCAGCCGCAGCAUCCGCCGCAGUCGCACUCGCAACAGCAGCAAUCUCAGCACCAGCAGCAACAUCUUAUGCCGCAGCAACAUCGCCCAUCGCCGCAGCAACAUUCCCAGCAGCAGCAGCAACACUCGCAGCAAUUCGCGGCCAGGCAGCAGCAGCAACAGCAUCAGCAGCAGGUGCAGCAGCAAUCGUACCACGCGCAGAUCCACCAGCAGCCACAGCAACAUCCGCAUACCCACUCGCAACAGCAGCAGCAGCAACAUCAGCAGAUGCAGCAGCAGCAUGGCCAGCCAGUGCCGCAGAUGGGCGGCUACCAGAAGCCGCCACCUCUGACCCGCAACCUUACCAUCAGCGGUGGUCAUGCGAUGGACUCCAGUGCCUACAGCCAGCAACAGCAGCAGCAGCAGAGGCGAGCUCUUGCAGGAUCCCAGUACGCCUCGCAGCAACAAAGGUCCUUCAGCAGCUCCGAGGAGGAGUUUCAGCACCAGCUGUUGGCCGCCCAGGGCGCGGUGACGGUGACCGCGGGAUCGGACUAUGACGGCGGGCGCCUCCAGGUGCGCACCUCAUUGGAUCCGUGGCGCCAGCAGCGCAGCCUCAACGAACGGGAUCUGCUCAGCAGCGGCAGUGGUGGUGGUGGCGUCGGUGGUGCUGACUUCCGCCACCUGUCGCACGCCACCCAGCGGCUGUACGCCUCCGCCGAUCAGCGGGAUCGCUACGAGCUGCAACUGCAGCACCGCGAGCGCCUGGAGCAGUAUCCUUUCACGCGCACCGCUCGCCUGAACGUCCAGCAGCGCAACUCGCUGAACCGCAGCAACCACGAGCGGCAGUUCUCCGGCGGCGGAGCAGGCGUAGGGCCAGGAGGAGCGGGUGGUGGUGGUGCUGCUGGCGCCUACCGACGUGCCCCGCCCUUGGCAGCCGCCGGCGGCGGUGGCAGCAGCAGCAGCAGCACCACUAGCAGCAGCUACUAUCCCCAAUCGAAGCCACAGAUUGUGAUUGGUCCGGGAUCGGGCUACGAUCGGGGAUCGGGAUCCAUGGCUUCCAUGGCAUCGGCAGCGGCGGCAACAGCGGCGGAUGCCCAGGGUCAGGCGGCGCGGAAUAGCCAGCGUGGUGGUCUGCUGGGCGCCACGAGAGGCGGCGGUGGUAGCAGUUCCGUCAGUUCCACGGAGGCUGCCUACUGGGACGAACCGGCCACCAGUUCCUCCUCGUCGGCCGCCCAAGAUUCGCGGCGUUUCACCGAGCGUAGAAUAAAGAAGACGGUGCGUUUCGAUGCCCACGACGAAGAGGCCUCCAUAUUGGCCAGCAGUUCACUGCCCCCAGUCACGGCAAUCCUGCCCUCCACGGCUGUGGAUGUGGGUGCAGCCACCAUAUUGAGCAGUGGAAAGAGCCUGGAUGCCGGCGGAGUUGGUGGAGCUGACUGGUCGCGAUGGGAGGCCGAGCGACAGGGUAGCCAGGACUCGGCCACCAAGGACUCGGGCAUCGAUACCAGCAGCACGUUCACCAGCAGCGAGGACUCGAAUCGAGGAGAUGGGCCCAAGAAUCCGGUGAAUUGGCAAACAUCCGCGGACAAUACUCGCCUGAUCGGGCACAUGAUAUUGCGUAAAUACUAUGAUGGGGAGGAUAUAUUAGGCUUAAAGGUCAACGGCGGUCAGCCCCUUGCAACGGGUGGAUCGGGAUCGGGAGCGGGAACGGGAGCAGCGGUAGGAGCUGGAGGUCCAUGCGGGGCCAUUGUGGAGAAGGUGAAGCGCGGAUCGGUGGCCGAUCUCGAGGGAAGGAUUCGACCAGGCGACGAGAUCCUCGAGUGGAAUGGCCGCGGUCUGCACAACAAGAGUGCCGACGAGGUCUACGACAUCAUCGACGAGAGUCGCCUGGACGCCCAGGUGGAACUGAUCGUCAGCCGGCCGAUCGGCAGCGGCGGCGGCAGUGGCGGCAGCAGCACCAACGUCAGUCCCAUCAGCGGAGCCUCCGGCGGAUCCGCCAACAGUGUGCCCGCUCGCCGCUCCUCGGCCAACUUCCCGCACAGCGGGUUGGCGAACAGCAUGGCCGGCAGUGCGGUGGUCAGCAGCGGGGGAAGAUAUCGGCAGCGCAAAGCUCCCGCGGUCGAGGCCAUUGAAAUCCAUCGGGACAAGCCGAGCGUGCUAAUCACCUCGCCCGGCUCGCCGGACAUCCACACCAGUGUAUCCGGACCGGGAUCGGUAUCAGGAUCAGGACUCCGGCAACGUGGCGGCAUCGGGCAGACACAGCGCCUGGGACCAAGCCACAGUACCCACAGCCACAGCAGCAGCGGGAGUGGCAGCGGCAGCGGUAGCAGCACCAGCAGCGUCCACGCCCCCGCCUCCGCCCACGGCCCCGUCCACGCGUCGGCGUCCGCUUCCGGUUCCGCCCCUGGCGGCCUGCACGGCACAACGACGUCGGGCCACCAUCACCACCCACACCACUACCACCCGCACCAGCAUCCGCUUCCGCAUCCGCACCAGCACCAGGGUCCGCCCGCCGCCCACCUGCAAGGCCACGGGGUGGGCGGUGGCAUCGGCAUGGGCAGCGGCUCCGGCACCACCACACAGCCCAUCCCCAUCGAGGGGCGGCUGCAGCUGAAGCUCGGCUACGACCAGAACACCCUGCAGCUGAUCGUGACCCUGGUCUGCGCCACCGGCCUCUCCCUGCGCCAGAGCGGAGCAGGCCGCAAUCCAUAUGCAAAAGUGUUCCUUCUGCCCGAUCGAAGCCACAAAUCCAAGCGGCGAACAAAGACGGUGGGCACCACCUGCGAGCCCCGAUGGGGCCAGACCUUUGUCUACUCGGGUCUGAGGCGCUGCGACCUCAACGGCCGACUGCUCGAGGUGACGCUGUGGGACUAUGUGCGGUACGGAGCCAACGACUUCAUCGGCGAGGUGGUCAUCGAUCUGGCGCACCACAUCCUGGACGACGAGGCCGAGUGGUAUCAGCUGCAGCCCCACCAGGACACCUCCUAUCUCUUACGUGACGAGGGCAGCGAUGUGGACGGCCUGAUACUGACACCGACAGAUCAUUUAUCACCGCCGAGCACCAUGUCGCGCCUUAGUGAUUCGGACACCACGUCCGACUGCGACAUCGAUGGAAUGACUCCGGGGGCCAGCAUCUCGUCCAUGGGCAGCUCAGCGAGUCCGCCGCCCCUGCUAGAGCUCGAUCUAAACGAGCGUCGGUCCCGACGUGACAUGUCGCCCCAGGGCCGCAAACGGGUGGCCGGGAUGGUGGCCCGCGACUACCGCACUGUAUCUGGCAUUGGACAAAGUUACCACAAUCAGGCCUCUGCCACCGGCUACUAUCGUCGCGGAGGUGGUAAUGGUGUCGGCUCCGCCAUCGGUCCAGGUGGCAUGAGCCUCAGCCAGCGGAGUCACUCGGCGGCACCCAGCGACGGUUACCACAGCAGCGGAGUAGGAGGAGCGCCCUCCGGCGGACCCGCCUACGGCUAUCGGAGCACCAGUCCCCGACGGGGCUCCUUGUCGCCACCUGACGACCGCUACAUAGACUAUCCAGUGCUUCCAGUACACGGCUCCUCCCCCAACGCCCCAUCGGUCUACCAGGGACCGGGUGGUGCGUCCUCAGCGGCGGCGUCUGCUUCGCAGCAGCAGCGAUUCCAGUCGCGAUCGGCCACAGCCACGCCCACGGGAUCCCCAAAGAAGAGGCAGCUACCACAGGUGCCGCAGACCUCCCGCAGUGCGAUGCUGCGAGAUCGACUGGGUCAGGACUUCGACGAGCGGUUGGCCUCGGGUGGUCGCUUCGGGCGGCACCGCACACGGCAGCCGCACCACCAGGCCACCUACCGCAGCACCGGAAUGGGCGGAUGGGAGCGCCACUACACGGGACUGUCCGACAGCGACCUGCACUCUAUGGACGCGCGGAUGCGACCAAGACACUCGCUGUCGCCGGACAAGGACUUUAUGGGCGAGUUCGGCGACUCGGAUAUGGAGUCGGUGGUCAGCGUGACCUCCAGCGCCUUCUCCACGCAGUCGGAGCGACCGCGCACGUCGCGCGGACUCAGCUUCCCCCGCAACUGGCGCAAUCUCUUUGGCGUCCGCAACAGCUUCCUCGGGGGAGCAGGAGGCGAACCCAUUACCGGACUGCGGCUGCACCACUCGGAGCCCGGAAGGGCCAACACCAUCGAAGUGGAUGACUGCGACUAUCUGCCGGUGGGCGGUGCCCAGCAGUUGGUGUUGCUGGAGCAGCUGGCCGCUCUGGCGGCAGCAGAUUCCCCACCCAUUUCGGCGGGAAUUGGAAUACAGCCACCUCAUCAGGUCUUGGUUACCGAUGCCAAUAGCGGCCAGUUGGUGGAACAAUUCUACGUUGAGCCCGGUACAAUGGCCGAGGAGAUGAUGGAGCCACUCGAUCCCCAUUUACAUCCACAUUCCGUCUUCUACUCGCCAUCGCCCCAUAUGCCACCACAGCCAUUCGACAUUGAUAUCGAUAACAUUUAUCCACCACGACGGUCCAACGGACUGAAACCGAACGUACAAGCCACCGCCACUGCCUAUCCGCUGCCGCUGCUGCCGAGCUUUGAGCAAUUCAAGCGCAUUACCACGCCCAUCACGAAUUUCUUCCGCAGCUCCUCGCCCGCGGGCGUCCACCCCCACGCCCACGACCACACCUCCACGACGCCUAGUUCGCUGGUGGGUUAUGUACGCGACCACCAGGACAAGAGCUGCAGCCACUGCCAGAAUGGAAGUCAGCCGGUGGUGCUGUCGACGCAUCACACCCUUCACUUGACCGCCGCCGGUCUGGCAAUCGGGGCUUGCCAGGAUCCCUGCUGUCUGGCGGAUGCCCAUCCGCACCCACAGCAUCAGCCGAUGGGCUACGGGGAGCCACCCACUUCGGAUCCUGCGAUGUGCGGCGAGUGUGUGGAUCAGCACUUUCUGGGUGGAUUAACGGGACCGCAACUGAAUCUUGGUGUGGUUCCCACUUACCAUGUUCACACGCCCACCCCAAAUGCGCAUCGGCGUGCCAGGGGACAAAUGGCCACUCCUGCACCUCCGCCCACGCAAUCGGUGCUGCGUCUGUCUCGCCAAUUGAGCGAAGAUGCCCUCGUGGCAGCCGUUCCCAUUUCGGAAGCCAAGGCGCAACCAACUUCGAUCCUGAAGAAACCGAAGCUGGAGCGAAGCCGACUCUUUCACGAGGGACAAUCCCGGUCGCUAGACUAUGAUGAUCUGCACACGAAGAGCUGGGGUCGCCGUCGAAUUCGGUACGAGGACGAGGUGAUGCCUUCGUCUGGAGACUAUCCUUAUCCCCAUUCGAAUCCGUAUGCCAGCUACUCACCCACGGCGGCAAUGUCGCGACGCUACGGAUCAGAGACCAAUAUUCGGCAGAGUUAUAUGGGUGCAAAUGUGGAUGCCAAUCAUCCGCUGAGUCACUCGCAUUUCCUGGUAACGGAUGACAAGAUAGUGACCAUUACCUACGACUCGGAUGUGGGCUGGACGCGACGGGGAGUGGCUCCGUCCCUCUUUCGCGGUGCGCACCGACAACGUGGACUGGCGGAUCCCAGGAACCACAUGUCGCUAGAUUUGCAGCGAACCAGUCAACAAAAGCUGUACGGACCGGCGGCACCGUAUUUGAAGCGCCGAAGGAAUUUGCCGCAUCCGCCCAGUGCGCAAAAUGCCCACAACUUUUCACCAAUAGAGCCGGGAUCGGGAAUGGAUGGGCUAAAUGCUGCGGCAGCGGGAAUGGUUGAACAGGGCAACGGAAUGGGUAGCGGUGGUGCACACAACACUACCAGUACACACAAUAGCAACCACCACACCAACCACCACAAUAGCCAAGCGAGUAGUGUUAGUGUUAGCCAAAGUCACAAUCAACAACUUCAACAACAACAACAAUUACAACAACAAUCAGUUAGGCAAAAAGGGAAAGAAGGCACCACCGCCAUUAGCGGAUCGAUGAUGGCAUCGGAGCAGCUGACGAAAUCUAGUAGUGGGAGCGGUGGUGCAACAUCUGCUGCCGCUGCUGGGCAUCUUGUCGUCGGUGGUACUAAUGCUAAUAAUGCUUCUUCUUCCUCUUUUGCAAAUCCCCAACCACCACCACCACAACAACAACAACAACUUCAUGGAUCACCCAACAAUCUCAACAACAAUAACAAACGUGCCCCAUCAUCAACACCACAACAAAACACGAACACCAUAAAUGACGCCAACAACCUGACGCUCGACGCCACACAACAACAAUCACAACAACAACAACAACUACAACAACCACCAAAUACAUGCACAAAUCAAAACACGAAUCCAACAACCACAUUAACAACAACAACCACAACAUCGUCGAAUGCAACGAAUGCGGCGACAACGACAACCGCAAAUGCAACAAAUGCUACAACAACUGCCACAAAUCCAACAACAACAACAACAACAACGAAUAACACGAACGAACCAAACGCAACAACAACAACCACAACAACGAACGCUAAUGCUGACGCGGAUGCUGACGCGGACGCUGAUGCUCCGCUGGACGCCAUCGACUGGGAUGCCAUCGAUGCUAUGCUGGACGACGACUUUAGCGAGUACGACAAGGACAAGAACGGCGCCGAAGAGGCUGGUGGCUCCAAGUCAGCGGAGGGUGCAGGUGCCGAAGAUAAAGUCGAUGGCAGCCUCUCGGACACAGCGAACGAUCGGAAGAAGGGCGGCGGCGUCGAUCAGGAGCGAUCCCCGAAAGGAGGCAGCGGCAUGGGCAAGAAGUCGAACUCCACGUCGCAGCUUUCGGCCACAGGUCGUAAAAGACGUAUGGGCUUUGGAAAGAAGGGUAAGAACUCGUUCACGGUGCACCGCAGCGAAGAAGUGCUGCCCGGCGAUAUAACGCGGGAACUGCGAACCGGUGGCGGAUUGGGCGUCAGUCUCGGCGGUGCCGGUGGUGCCGCCGGUGGGUCAGGUGGCGCCGGCGGGGGCGGCCUGUCCCGCGGCUCGUCCUCGGAGGCGGACGCCAUCGAGCAGUUCUUCGGCGAUGGUGCCGGCGGGGAAAGAUUCUCCCCUUCGUUGCGCAACGAUGGAGCCCUCAAUGAGUUUGUGGAUGGCCUGGGUCCUGGUCAACUGGUUGGUCGCCAGGUGCUGGGAGCUCCUUCGCUGGGCGACAUCCAGCUAUCGCUGUGCCACCAAAAAGGCUGUCUGGAGGUGGAGGUCAUACGGGCCAGGGGCUUACAGCAAAAAGCCCAGUCGAAAAUGCUGCCUGCUCCGUAUGUAAAGGUUUACCUAGUGUCGGGAAAGCGCUGUGUGGACAAGAUGAAGACUUCCUCGGCUCGACGCACCCUGGAUCCACUGUACCAGCAGCAGUUGGUAUUCAAGCAGUCCUACACCGGUUGCAUACUACAGAUUACCGUGUGGGGCGACUAUGGCCGCAUCGAGAAGAAGGUGUUUAUGGGCGUGGCGCAGAUAAUGCUCGACGAUCUGAAUCUGUCGAAUAUCGUGAUCGGCUGGUACAAGCUCUUUGGCACCACCUCACUGGGUCGUCCGAUUGUUUGGGCCGGCGAAUCAGUCAUUAUGGAGGAGCCCGGCGAAUAACAGUUUCCAACACUAUCGACACCCAAACAAACAGCCACCAAAACGAAAACACUUUAAGCACCCAAGCACAAUUCAAUUCAAGCGAACCUUAAACUGAACUGAAUUCAUAACCAUUCGCCAGUGCUGUCAGCCCGGCAGCCAAAUAGCAAAGGACCAAAGGACAUCCUGCAGCGGCGAAUCCCAGAGGAAGACGCCCGAUCCUCAUUCGGCAGGUCGCUGGCCUAAGCUAAGUCCACAUCUGUUGUUUUUCUAUUCUACGGCGGCGAAAGACUUUGGAGGAAUACAAAAUAUAAAACAAAGAGAAAUAUCUAAUUUUUAUAAGUCAUGAAAACAAAUGCAUUUAAAAGAACCGAGAACCGAGAAACGAGAACACAAGAGCAGAGCAGUGCAGUAAAAUGUUUAAAGACGUAACUACGGAAUACAGCUAAAUGAUAAAUGUAAAGGCAGUCUAUAUAUACAUAUACACAUAUAUAACGGAUAACAUUUGACAAACGGAUACUUGUAAAUUAUGCAUAUUUAAAAUAAUUUUUAUUACACACCUAAGAUCACUAUUAUUUUCGUAAUACGAUUACUACGAUUAUUAUUACUUAAACUAUUACUGAUAAAAGCAUAAAAAACCAAAAAAAAAAAAAAACAAAGAACAAGGAGAAGGUGGAUAAAGUUCAAGUGCUAGUGUCAGUCAUGCCUAAGCCUUAGCCUGAGCAGAGACGCAGAAGGAUAUAAAUUGUUUAUUGAAUAAAUAGCUAAAUCUAAAUCAGUAAAGGGAGUUAUAGAUUUUCAGAGACGGGAGUUAUUUAAGUAUAUAUACAUACAUAUAUAAAUCGAUAUAUACAUAAAUAUAUUUACUGUUUAAGCAAGCAAAGAACCACUAACACUUAAAUAAGCCUAACUUACGAUAAAACCGAUAAAGUUAAAGCUUAAGAUUAGGUAACUAAAGAGAAGGGACAUGAGAUAUGUAUUAAUCGAACAAAAAGAACAACAAAUAUUUACCAAGCCAGAAAGACGAGAAAGUUUAACUUAAUAAUGCAAAAUCUGAACCUAAGCUGUACAUAGGAGAUCCACACACGUUACAUAUACACCACAUCCGGAUAUCCGACUACCAACUACCGCUUCCCCGAUUUUAGGCUAUAUAGCUUUUGGUUAACUCUGCGCCACCUUGAAAAACUACGCAGUCACCCCAAAAUGCGUGAGUUUUUGACGUCGGCGAUGAGGCAGAAUACAUAUUUGAGGCAGAAAGUAUCGUUUAAUUUAAGUUAGAGCAAUGGAAGGCUUUUUCUCUAUAUGAAUAAACUAUAUCGCGAUUUUGUUGUAGCUCCACUGGCUUCACUAGUCGCUUUAGCAUCCUUUUGCCGCCUUGGUUCCAAUCAACUUGCCUCGAAAACGCAUCAAGUACCUUCAAGUUAAUAGUGUGAGCUGUAAAAAUCGUUACCUGCUUGCCAAAAAGACACACGUACACGUACAUACAUUAGCGUAUUUAUAUUUAUGGAAAAUGGAAAAGUGUAACGGAAUACCAAAAAUAGUUUGCAAUUUACUGCGAGUUCAUUUCAGAUAUUUUUUGUCAUUCUUUUGGGCAACAUUUUGCAAUGCAUUCCUUGGGAGAAGCAAACAUAUCACUGGCCUGCAGACAGAUGAUGGAUGGGAGCAGUUAACUUUUAUAAAUACAAAUUAGGUCAUAGGUCAGAGUGCAGAGGGAUAACUAUGGAUGAUUAUGAGACACCUAGCUAUUGUUCCUAUCCAGUUGUUUAGUGCACGUUUUUUUGCUUUCACUCAUGGCUACAGAUAUUGAGUUGAACCUUUCCGUCCAUUCAUUCAGAUACACACAGCUAGCUAUACAUAGACACAGUUGCAACUACAGAUACAGAUACAGAUACCGACACAGAUACAGAUACAGAUUGAGGUAAAGUUAAAUAAUAUAUUGACAUGUGCAUAUCCAUCCAAGCAGCAGCUUCCUAUAUCAGAACUAAACAACUUAGAGAUACGUAAUGAAAUGCCGAAACACAGGGACAAUGCAUUCAAAAUGUUGCUGCAAAAAAAUCACAAAAAAGUCGCGCAUCGAGCAUUUGGGAGAUGAUGAGGAGGAUAACGCGCUUUAGAUAUUUGAGAAAAGUAAAAAACUACCAGCGAGGUUUCCAGCAACUAAUUAUACGAUAUAUAAGUCAGAGGAACAUACAUUCAGAUACAUACAUACAUUAUAGAUAAUCAGAUUUGUAAACUCCGCUCUUCACGAACCCCAUACGAACUUUUCUAUGAUAAAACUCUCUCUAUCUCUAGACCUUUAUAUUGUUUCCAAUGCUCUCCUUCAGCAAAACAUUAAAGUUGCUUUGACUACUCAGCAAUCCAGCAAAAGGACGAACAGAAAAACUUCGGCCAGGUCGACGUUUUAAUGCCCUUUCCGAAAUCAAUUGGUUUAAAACAGAUACAAAUUGCUGAAGAAAAGUGCUAUAAGAAUAUUUCGUAGUGGGCAUUCCAACCGUACAGUCAUACCACAAAUUCUUAUUAGGAUUCCUAUAGAAUUCGUUACAUUUAAGUCACAACAAAGACAAAAGCAUAUAGAAAAUGUUAAUGAAGCAAAUGAUAUAUUAUGGCUAGUUAUUUCAAAGGCAACCAAUACAAAAACAAAAUGCUAUUUACUAAGUUCAUUUCGAGUGACAGGCGACGUUAAUACACGAUACACAAGAUCAACAACACGAGAAUAUAUCAUUUAUUGCAAAUGUUGAACAAAAUUGAUUAAAAAGGCAAAGGACUGCGCUCUCGUUGGGCGCCCCGAACACCUUAUAUUGUAUUUUAAUAUCUCGACAACAAUCGAAGGUCGAGAAACGACAAUAAACUGUGAAAUGAAUAUGUAAAAACAAAAAAAAAAACAGAAAACCAAAAAAACACAAAAACUAAAA